AUGCCGUCAGCGUCGAUCGCGUUCGAUGUCGUUCGCGCCAUAUUCACCAAAAAGAUAAGCCUCGAAGCUUUUUUAAAAGAGUUCAAGUACUCCGAUUGCCCCUCGACUACAGUGGGAGGACCUGCUUGGCGUAGGGGCCCUGUCGAUUACCUGAUCCGAUUACUGGCUUACGAGCAAAUGAAAGAGAAAAAGGCCUGCUUCCGCGUCAGUGACUUUAUUCGGCGUCAAAAGCAGCCAUUAUCACUCGAUAUGAUCAUCACAUUGGCUGAUUGGAUGGUAGAAGUCCACGAACAUUUUCGGUAUUGCACCGGUACCUUUCAUCUAGCCUGGAGCCUUCUUUAUUCGUUUUUCGACAAGAGCACUCCAAUAUCGAGGAGUCAAAUACAGUUGUAUGCUUGUGCGGCGAUUCUGGUGGCAUGUAAGCAAGAAGAGCACUGGAUACCAACCAUGGCAGAGCUCCGCUACCUCACAAACAACGCCUAUACCUGCCGUCAAUUUGUGGAGGCUGAACUCCACUUCCUCAUGUCUAUCGACUUUAAUGUUCAUCGACCGAAUCCGUACUUCUUCUUGCAGCGGUAUUAUCGGGUACUGGACUGGAGGAGCGCGUCGGUGCAGCGCAUGUGUCGUUUCCUGCUGGACGCGGGCACGCACAGCCACGCGGUGAGCAAGGCGCGAGAGUCGAAGAAGGCCGCGGCGGCACUCUGGCUUGCUCGACGCGUCCUCUGCAACCCCUCCUACGCCCUGUGGCGUCGGCGGCCUGAGAUUGUCCGCCUCCGCCGCCUGAUUCGCUCCGACCCACGCCUCAAGCGGUUCUACGUGUUGUGUGGCAGCACCUCCGACCAGAGUUGGGUGAAACCUGUUAUUAGCCGAGAAACACUUAGGGCAGGAAUGGUGCCAGCUCUUUGUAGGGGCACCCUUGGUAAAAAUGAUGGCAUGCUCAUGGGCUUGAGCUUCGAGCCAACGAAUAUGCCACAAUUCCUGGUUAAUAUGGGCUCUCGAAAUGUUUUUUAUCUGGUCGUCAUCUUUCCCUACAAAUGUUAUCUUCUGAUCACCGCCAAGCGUUCCCCGUCAUUGAGUUUUGAGUGGCCGUCUCACCAAUUGCUUCUUGGUUCGUCAUGCACAAAACUGGCUCGCACAUUCCUGCAAAUCCAGGAGGGCCUUGACUCAGAAAUGUGUGAAAGCAUUCGCCUCCUGCGUGAGACAGAGGAGCAGCGGUAUCCCUUGUGGCCACCUCUUCUCGAGCACGUUACGGGCUAUGAGGAGAAGGAACUGAUUCCUCUGGCUCUGCAAUACCACCGCAUCACCAUCCAACUGCUCGCUGAGGUGGCUCGCGGAGGGCAGCUGGAGGAAGAGAAGGCUGCCAUUCAACGGGCCCUUAAGCCCCGAUUCCCCGGUUCAGCGUCUUUGGACCGUCGACGCCGGCGUUUUUCACAAUCACUGCCGCAGUGUCAUACUUUACCUUCCAUCUCUCCUGGUGGACACCAUCUUAGACGCCAGCUGAUCUCUAAAUACUGCAAAGAGCGCUACUCGAGUGUGGCCGACGCGUACCCCCAGAAAUCGUAUGAAAAUCUCAUCCCCUACUUCCCUGAGAUCCGGUGUCCGGAUAUAUGCCGCUGCUUUGUGUGCGUGAACCUCCUCAAUCCCAAAGCCCACGUCCGCCGAGGCAGUCUGUGA